AUGGGUGGCUUUGGAAAGACAAAACUGGCUAGAAAAAUCUACCAACAUAAUGCUGUCAUCUAUCACUUUCAAGCUCGUGUUUGGGCAGAUGGAUCGAGGGAGUACAAAUGUAGAGACUGGUUGCUUGGCAUAUUGAGCUGUUUGCCGUUCGGCAACACCAAUGAGAUAUUAGGAAUGCCUGAGGACACACUGAAACAGACUCUACGCAACCGGUUACAAGGUAGAAGGUAUCUUGUUGUCAUGGAUGGGAUGUGGAAUAAUGGAAUAUGGAACACCAUUAAUACAGCUUUUCCCGAUGAGCCAAAGGGAAGCAGAAUUCUCAUAACUUGUCGCGAAAAAGUAGUAACUUCGAUCGAUGAUAGCACAAUGCUUCCAUAUACUUUGUCGCCCCUCAAUGAAAAACAGAGUUUGGAACUCUUAUGUAAGAACGUAUUUCCUCAUGGAGAUUGUCCUCACCAUUUGAAACCUUAUGUUAAGCAACAUGCUGAAAGUUGUAAAGGAUUACCACUCUCUAUUGUUGUAUUGGGAUAUAAUCUCAAGAGGAAAGACAUAUUCUCCUACCGAACUUGGUGCGACACCAUUGACGCUGAUUCCAACCAUAGAAAACAAUGCCUAGGCAUCCUCCAACAAAGCUACAAACACUUACCUCGGCACUUGAAAUGUUGUUUUCUGUAUCUUGGUUUGUUCCCGAAAGAGUUUGAGAUUCCCGCGAGGCAGUUAACUAAAUUAUGGUCGGCUGAGGGAUUCAUACAAGCCAAUGGUGGUAGGGACAUUGUUAAAGUUGCAGAGGACUGCUUAGAGGAGCUCAUUGAUUGA